UCUCCUCCCUCAGAUGACGCUCGUCUGUUUGCCUUCGUCCGCAUCACGAUGGGAGACGCCAUGAGCAAACGGGCCAAGUUCACCCUCAUCACCUGGAUCGGGGAGAACAUCAGUGGGCUGCAGCGGGCCAAGGUCAGCACCGACAAGGCGCUGGUCAAAGAAAUCGUGCAGAACUUUGCCAAGGAGUUCAUGUUCAGUGACCCCCGGGAGCUGGAUGCUGACAAUAUCCGCUCAGAGCUGAAGAAGGCUGGGGGGGCCAACUACGACGCUCAGGCCGAGUAGAGAAGUGCCAUGUCCACUGGAGGGGUUGGGUGGGGGGUUCCGUUGUGGUCAGGGUAGGGUGUGGUGGAAAAAGUGGGGCGGGGGGGUUGGGACAAGGCUUCUACCUCUUGGGGAGAGAGCAAGGCAGGAUGAGGGGGGGGCUUGACAAAGGGAAUGCAUGCACAAAGGAUCAGGGGUGCAGCAGUCAGUGGAACCAGUCACUCUAAUGCUGACUCAUAGAAACUUUCUAGAAAACUUCCAUUAUAUUUUCUAAACUAGUGUCCACCGUGUCCUCUCAACAGCAGCCUUAGAACAGAUGAGAACCAUCAGGUUACUGUAGUUACAGAGUGUAUCAGUACAGAUGCUGUUGGUGCACCUCUGAACAUCUGCAUAAGGGCGUUUAUAUACUUUAUUUGAACAGUGUGAGCUGCACUGCUCACCUACUUGUACACACAAAUAGAAAAAAGUACAUCCACAUCUAAGGACAGAUAAGGAGCACAUUGAAAUAUCUUCCUUGAGAACCUCACAUUUUGCCAACAUAAAGAAACUCUAACAUGGUUUCACUUAAGGACGUUACUGUAAUAACCCCAGAUAUAGAUGAAAAGAUUGACAGGACUUUUUGUCUUUAUGAUAAAUGGUUAGCAGCUGAUUAGCUUAGCACACAGAAAGGGAAAAGCUAGCCUGGCUCUGUCCAGAGGAACUAAAUCUGCCUACCACCACCUCUAGAGGUACCAAUCUCAUUUCAUGUCUUUUUUGUUUAAUCUUUACUAAAACUACAGUGUACAAAUGAAAACCUGAAGUCACUGUUCCUGACUUAGAGAUAGUCCUGCAUGUUACCUACUGGUAAAUGGCACAUUAACAGUUGUAUAACUGUUUUUUUGUAACAUUUGAACAAAUGAGAUACACUGUAUUAAUAAAUUAACUUUAGAGGUGUUGGUGGAUAUAUUCAUGUAUGUCAUAACCAGGCUAACUCUUUUCCCCUAUUUUCAGUCUGUGUGCUAAUCCAAGCUAAUCAGCUGAAGCUUCACAUUGAACGGACAGAUAUGAGAGAGGUAUCAACCUGAUCAUCUUCCCUCAAGGAACAACAAGCUAGCAAUUAUCCCAAAAUGUCCAACUGUUCCUUUUAGGAUCUUAUCUAAAACGAUAUGCUAAAGGCAGCAUUUACUGCAGUUCUGUUACUUUAUGUCUGGUGUCUGCAUUCACUGGAGUUAAAAUCAGUAUAUAAGCGCUCUUAAAGAUCACAACCUGCCUCCCCCCGCCCUCUCCCCGGUGGUGAUUUACUGUGCGUAACAUCUCAAACUCAUCCUCACCUCAGCCGGCUAUAGCUGAGCAAUACGAGGCUUCAGCACUGUUCGCUAGGAAUCAUUACACGUAAUGAGGAUGAAGGGUUUCACUUUGAAAUGGCAUGUGGUGGUGAUGGAUCAUGUUGUUAAAAUUGGAAAGGAUAGAGGUGUCAUUUUGAAAGAAAACUCUUAACUGGCAGGCAUGUGUUUGCCACCAGAGCAUGCUCUUAGUCAUGAUACACUGUACCUCCAGGAGGAAGAGAUCUCCACUGGCUCACAUCCUUGGUGAUGGCUGCUGGCUCGCUUUGCGUAAUCUUGAGUCACAUUUAGCCUCCUCUUCAUUCUCAGCAGCUGUGUUUGGAUUACAGCUUCCAUCUGGUCCUGAGUCAGCUUGUAAUUCAGCCUGUCUGCAGACCUGUGCUCUGUGCUGUGAACUCCUCCUUUAAAAGUCCAAAUGUGUCUUUUUGUUAGUGUGAUCAUAUAUGGACCUUAUUUUGAUCUACUUCCUUAUUCCAGGUUUUGUUGGAUAUGAUUGAUGUUAGCAGUUCCCAGGGCUGGGGGCAGAGUUUGUAGAAGAGUACAGGGCAAAGGGUGAGACUCUUGGAGGCUUCCUGCCUGUAGAUAUUAUGCCAUAGAAAUACAGAGAACAACUUUUAUAUCGACCCGUCAGCAGCACUUGUAGUCAAGUAUUGAAUGUUU